AUGGCCAACUAUCUCGCAUCAAUUUUCGGUACCGAGCAGGACAAGGUCAAUUGCUCGUUCUACUACAAGAUUGGCGCAUGCCGCCAUGGCGACCGUUGCUCUCGCAAGCACGUCAAACCCUCGUACUCGCAAACCAUCCUCAUGCCGAACAUGUAUCAAAACCCUGCCUACGACCCCAAGAACAAGAUGAACCCGAGCCAGAUGCAAAACCAUUUCGAUGCCUUCUACGAGGACGUAUGGUGUGAGCUAUGCAAGUACGGCGAGCUCGAAGAGCUGGUUAUUUGCGACAACAACAAUGACCGUAAGUUUACUGAUCUCUUUGACUUGUCGGACAGUCUACUAACAUUCAGCUUCGUAACAGAUCUCAUUGGUAACGUGUACGGCCGAUUCAAAUACGAAGAAGAUGCGCAGCAAGCAUGCGACGCGUUAAACUCCCGCUGGUAUGCAGCGCGACCCAUAUACUGCGAAUUAUCACCGGUGACGGAUUUCCGAGAAGCCUGUUGUCGGCUGAAUAGCGGCGAGGGGUGUGUACGAGGGGGAUUCUGCAACUUCAUUCACCGGAAAGACCCCUCAGCCGAGUUGGACCGCGAGUUGCGACUCAGCACCAAGAAGUGGCUGAAGGAGCGUGGCAGAGAUCCGCGCAGCGCUUCCCGCAGCCCCAGCCCUGAGCCUACCCGCCGGAGGUAUUAG